GGCGGUGUCCAAGUUGCCGUUCGCAGCCCUCUCGUUGAAACAGGAACCUGACGAGCGAGAUGGCUUCACAAUGACGAAAUGAAAUAGAUAAAACGAUAUCAAUGUUUCACACCUCAUAUGUCGGAUGUUAUAGAUUCAUUUGAUGCUCCAACUGGGAACCGCCUCUUCAGAACAGUAUUGUCUGCUCGUCAGUUCCUGCAGAGGCAGAAAGUGUUGGGGAUUUACAGGAACAUGCUGAGGACCAUACAGCGGGUGCCCGACGAGGCGGACAGGAAGUACCUCAGAGACUGGGCCAGAGGCGAGUUCAAGAGGAACAGGAGCGCCACGGACCAGGACGCUGUCCGGAUGAUGAUCACCCAGGCCAACAACCACCUGGAGGAGCUGCAGUCGUCUCUAGCGUUGGCCAAAAGUUAGCGACUCCUCCACUGUCGCUGUGGACUUCACAGAGGAGAGACUCUGUUGGCGCUGGGGUAACCAAGGAGAUGGUGAAUGCCCGCUCUCACUGUUUUGACUCAUCUGUAGCUACUUGUCAGGUAUGGACCUGAAGGCAUCACCCUGCGUUUUUCCAUCGUGACUUAUUAACAGGGUGCCCGGCUGCUCUUUGUGCUGUAAAAUAAAUUCUAUAUUAAAUGAUGAAACUGCA